UCUCUCGUUCAACAAAGAACAUGGCUGAAGUCCGGCGCUUUAUAACAAAACUGUUUAUGUUUCCAAAAAGGUUUUUCAGAGUAAUAGGAUUUCUAACAUUUUUACUGUUUUUUUUAAUGAUCGUGUUAAAUGGUUCUUUUUUAAAGCCGAAAUGGCAAUAUUAUCAUAAAAUUUCGCAUGAAAGCAUAGAAAAGGCUAGAGCUUUUGUAGAUAAUUUCGAACAUAGGGUUUUUAAGUAUGGAAAAGAGUUCGAUAAUCGAAAGGAUAGCGACGGUAGUAUGGACAAAAGUGGUGGACCUCUCGUAAAGAAUAUUGGUAACGAUCAAACAAGCAAAGAAGGUAGAAAUUCGUUAAAUAACACUACUUCACCUAAACAUCAAGAUAGACCAAGGAAAAAAAUACCCAAGACGCCCUCGACAAAUUUCUGGAAUACAAAGAUUUCUAGAGAGGAUAUUGGAAAGUUAGAAAAAGGAUUUCAUUUACACGUUUGGUACCAUGUUUGCGCGCCAAAUAUAGACGUUUUAUGUCAGUAUCCGCUCUUUCCUAAAGGGCCGGAUGUCAUCUCCGUCGCCCAUCGCCUAGACCUCAUGCGAAAUGAGACCGAGUUCGGACAACGGAUGUUCGGCUACAUUGUCCCACCAAUCACAGGGCAGUAUCAAUUCGCCGUAUCGUCGGAUGACUCCUCCGAAAUUUUUCUCAGUACUGACAGCGAUCCGAGAAAUUCUAAGUUGAUCUGUCAAGUGGGGAAUAGAAAUGAGGCUUACGUGUAUACUGAACGGAACGACUUCAGGCGAAUGCCUCAGCAGCAGUCAAAGCUUAUCCGUCUGACAAAGAAUGAGGCUUAUUUCCUGGAUAUUCUUCAUGUUCAAGGUGGUGGUGGGGAUAGUUUCCAGUUAGCCUGGAAAUUACCUGGAAAAGAUAAUUUUGCGAUUGUGGAAAUUGAGUUUUUAAGGUUGGUAAAAGGCUUGCCGAGAGAAGUAUCAAAGAUAUAUGCAGGGAUGACAGUUGAGUGUAUGGGCUGCGAUCAAAAGCGCCAUCAUCACAUGGCAUUUUGGGAAGGAGAUGAGAAUCCAAGGUACAUAAAACACGAAGAAGUAAAGGACGUCUUCCCGACCUGUCCAUACAACCCUAGCUACAUCACCCAUGGGGAGCUCCCAGAGGGUAGACACCAGGCCAUCAGCCUCUACAAUACCCCUGUGUACCAGUACCCGUCCAUAGAGAAAACAGGGGUUGUGAACUUCGACCAGUACGACUUCUACAGGAACCACCCUCUGGAUUUCAAGGACGCGGCUAUUACUGCAGAGAUGUACAUUGAGCAAUUGGAUAAGAAGUACCCUGGGAAAUUCAAGAUGCUCAACAUCAUUAACGUAGAGAAGAAAAUUGACCCCAAGAGAGGCGCGCGCUACCUGAUGGAACUGAAUGUGACAGUUAAAGGAGAAGAAAGGCAUGCCGUGCUCUCGCAGUACAUCUUCGGAGACUCGAAAUCCUUCUGCUAUCCCGAAAAUCUCCAAUGGAGCCGGACGGCCAAGAUAGCCCUCAUUAUUACACUACGGAACCAAGGUCGAUGGAUGGCCCACUUUCUCGACAACCUCCAAGACAUCUACAUCCACUCGUCGCGUGACCAGCACGUCAGCCUGAUUGUGUACGAUUACGAGAGCGAGGAUCUGGACAUUGAGCGGGAGUUAUCCAAGCGCUCGCUGCCACCAUAUAAGCUCAUUAAAAAGGCAGGCGCAUACUCGCGUGUUCAGUCAUUUAACGCGGCUAUACGAACCGUGACCGACUCGCAUACUAUCAUUUUUACGGUGGAUUUGCAUUUGGAGUUGCCUUAUUCGCUAUUUGAUGAUAUCAGGAAGCAUUGUUUCGAGGGGAGAUCGGCGUACACCCCUAUCAUCGUUCGCCUGCGGUGCGGCCACUCCCCGCUAAAUCCUCGAGGCAAAUGGGAGGUUCAGGGCUUCGGCAUUAUCGGCAUUUACAAGUCUGACUGGGACCGCAUAGGAGGGCUAAACGAGGAAAGGUUCAAGGACAAGUGGGGAGGGGAAGAUUGGGAGAUGAUGGAAAGGCUCGUCGGAGGGGGGCUGGAGUAUGAGAGGUUAAGAACACAUGGGAUAUAUCAUUAUCAGCACUCAAGGAAAGGAAUGUGGACUGGGGAUCAUUUGAUAAGUCAAAUGUCGGACUGAAUUCCGGGAAAGAAUAGUUCAAGUGACUGAGUGAUGGACAAGAAGAAAGAUAAAAUGACGGACAACAAGAUAAGUUUUAUGUUGGACAGGAUGUCGAACAAAAAUAUACCGUCGCAUCGCGGACAAGGUAAUUCAAUUAUCGGACCAACAAAA